AUGUGGGCGCAAGAUCCUGUUGUCCUGUUCUUGGCCGAGACAUGGGUAGACGAUGAUAGGCUUUCUAAGAUUUGUGAUGACUUGCAUUUUGAUGAGAAAUGGGUAGUUCCAAGAGUGACAAGGGCUGGCGGUUUGGCCCUCUUAUGGAAGAACACAAUUCAGAUUGAUGUGGACUCCUCUUCUCUUAAUCAUAUAGACGUUAUAGUCAACAAAGGGAAGGAGGAUUCAUGGAGGUUCACGGGUAUUUAUGGGUUUCCGGAGGCUAGCCGGAAAAGUGACACUUGGAAUUUACUGCGUAAUCUCCAUCGGAAAUACACCCUUCCGCGGUUGUGCGCCGGCGAUUUCAAUGAAAUUCUAAGAAGUGCAGCAGCGAUGAGUGAGUUUAGAGAGGUUGUGGAUGACUGUGGGUUCAUGGACUUAGGUUAUGUGGGGAAAAAAUAUACUUGGAGAGGAAAGAGAGGUGAUACCAUGGUAUUGGAGAGACUUGACCGUGCUCUUGCUACUCAUUCAUGGCUUGCUCAGAAUCCAGCUACUAGAGUUCAAUGCAUUCGGUCCAAUGUUUCUGAUUAUUAUCCCAUUAUUAUUAAUCCUGAAGGGGUUGCAGAUAGACCUUGCAAACCCUUUAGGUUUGAACACAUGUGGUUGAAAGAAAAUGGGUGUGGUGAUACCGUCAAGGAAGCAUGGCUGUCUCCUUCCCCUGUUUCAAGCUCUCUGUUGAUGCAUGACAAAAUAAAGCUUUGUGGUAUUAGGCUUAUGGAGUGGAGCAAGAGAUCCUUUGGCAGCGUGAGGAAGCAGUUGGAGGAAAAAUCAAAACUUCUGGAAAAGGCUGAAUUUGCAGCGGCAAGGGGGGCAGACUAUGAGCCAGUGAGAUUACUAAAAUUGGAGGUUAAUGAAUUGUUGGACAAAGAGAGCUUAAUGUGGCAGCAGAGGGCUAGAGCUUUGCAUCUUAAGUGUGGUGAUCAAAACACACGGUUUUUCCAUAACAAAGCUUCUCAGAGAUUUCGACGCAAUAGGAUUGUAGGUUUAUUGGAUGAUUCUAAUUCAUGGCGCACAGAGACUAAGCAGGUGGCUGAUAUUAUAGUUGGGUUUUAUUCGAGGUUGUUCACAUCUGAGAGACCAUCCAAUGCCCAAGGUAUUUUGGAAGUGAUACAACCAAUAGUCACUGAAGAGAUGAACACCAACCUAACUAGAGAUUUUACUAGACAAGAGGUUGAUCUUGCUUUGAAGGAGAUGGCCCCACUCAAGGCUCCAGGACCCGAUGAGUUCAAUUACACAUAUGUGACUCUUAUUCCUAAAGUGAAAAAUCCUGUAAAAAUUGCUGAGUUCAGACCGAUAAGUUUGUGUAAUGUUAUUUAUAAAUUGAUUUCAAAGGUUCUAGCAAACCGAUUGAAACCUUUAUUGCCUUCUAUUGUGUCUGAGAAUCAAAGUGCUUUUCAAGCUGGGAGGGUGAUCACAGACAAUAUCCUCAUGGCAUUUGAAACUUUACAUUACAUGAAAACUCAGCAAACUGGUUUCACAGGUUUUAUGGCUCUCAAACUCGACAUGAGUAAGGCGUAUGACCGAGUUGAAUGGUCUUUUCUGGAGUGCUUGUUAAGAAAGUUGGGUUUUCAUAACCGUUGGGUUGAUCUUAUGAUGGAGUGCAUUACUACUGUCUCUUACUCCAUUCUGAUCAAUGGGGAGCCUUCACAAACCAUCUAUCCUAGUAGAGGAUUGCGACAAGGGGAUCCUAUCUCUCCAUACCUAUUCCUCCUAGUUACAGAGGGUUUGCAUGGCCUUAUUUCCAAAGCGGCCACUUUUGGUGAUAUUAGAGGUAUAUCUAUUUGCAGGAAUGGACCUCGCUUAACCCACUUAUUUUUUGCAGAUGAUAGCCUUCUUUUCUAUAGAGCUUCUUUACAAGAAUGCAAUCACAUACAAACCCUUCUGGCUACUUAUGAACAAGCUUAUGGGCAACAGCUAAAUCGGGAAAAGACAACGCUGUUCUUCAGUAAAAAUACGGGCAUUGAGGUCCAAGAAUCUAUCAAAGAUUUGUUGGGGGUUCCGGAGAUUAAGCAGUAUGAAAAAUACUUAGGCUUACCAUCUUUUGUGGGCAAGCGAAAGAAAGCAAGCUUGGCUUACAUUAAAGAUCGGAUUUGGUCUAAGCUCCAAGGGUGGAAAGAGAAGCUCCUCUCCCAAGCUGGUAGAGAAGUCCUUCUAAAGGCAGUGAUACAAGCGAUCCCAGCCUACUCUAUGAGUUGUUUUAAACUCCCCAUUUCACUUUGCCAGGAGAUUGAGACUAUGAUUCGACAAUUUUGGUGGGGACAGCAUGGUACAAGAAGACGUAUUCAUUGGGUAAAAUGGCGCACUUUGUGUAGGUCAAAAGCCUAUGGAGGUAUGGGGUUUCGGGAACUCAGAAAUUUUAAUGACGCCAUGCUAGCCAAGCAAGUAUGGCGCCUAUUAAAAAAUCAAGACUCCCUUUUUUACAGGUUCUUUAAAUCAAAAUAUUUCCCACAUGGGUCUAUUUUUGAUGCUAAAGACACUAAAGGGUCUUUUGCAUGGAAGAGCAUUUUGAAGGGUAGAGAACUCAUUAAGGGGGGAUUGAUGUGGAGGAUUGGGGAUGGUGCACAAGUGCAUAUUUUUCAUGAUUCUUGGCUGCCUGGGUCUCAACACGGUAAAGUUUUUUCCCUUGCCCCUGAAAGCCAUGCAAAUGCCUUGGUUUAUAGCUUAAUUAACCAUGAAGAUAGGAGUUGGAAUGUGGCUGAGAUUGACAGAAUGUUCUUACCUGAUGAGGCAGCCACCAUCAAGGCUAUCCCACUGAGUUUGUUUGCUCAGAAAGACCUCCUUUUUUGGCCGUUUUCCCGUGAUGGAAGGUUUUCGGUAAAAUCUGGUUAUCACCGUUUAAUGGAGCUUGAUGAAACAGAGCUGAAUGGUACGACGCACACUGGGACUGCAUCUCCGGUUUGGAAGGCCAUUUGGUGCAUGAACGUGCCAAAUCAUGUAAAGUCUCUCGUAUGGCAAGUUGGGAGAGAUACCCUUCCUACACGGGUGAACUUGGUCCGGCGAAGAGUUCUUACUGAUGCGUUAUGCCCAGAAUGCAAGGUGCAGUCAGAGGACACGCAGCAUGCUCUCUGGUCCUGCCCGAUUCUAAAGGAUGUGUGGAAAGUGAAUUUUGAAAAGCUUGUGGCAGACACGGGAUCUUGCUCCAGUUUUCUGGAACGCCGAAACAAAGCUCGUGUGGGAGAGCCUACUGUACCGGUCUGCCAGGUUGCUCUUAAGGCCACUUGUGCGCUUCAGGAAUUCCAGCAGCUCCGCCCCAUUCAUGCUGUGAUACCAAGAACAGCCCGUGCAGUAAAAUGGAGGCCUCCCUCUACGCCAUGUGUGAAGGCGAACUUCGACGGUGCUAUCUUCUCCCAAGAUGGACUAGCUGGCACCGGCGUGAUAAACCGAAAUGAGCAAGGAUUGGUUAUGGCUGCUUUAUCACAACAAAUUCCAUCACCUGCUUCGAUGGAUGGUGGAGGUGUUAGCGGCUCGUCAGGCUCUGUCAAGCAUAUUCAUAGGGAAGGAAAUUGUGUUGCCCACAAACUUGCUAGACGGGCUAUUAGAGAUCCUUUUCUUGUCUGGAUGGAGGCUGUUCCUCCAGAUAUUUUUGAUGUUUAUCAACUUGAUCUUUUGAGGAUGCAUUAA